GAUUCCGAUUUCACUUUUGUUCACGGAGCACCAAUCCCAACAAAAUUUCUGAUACGGCCGAUCAUAUCAGAGAAUGGAAUUCGAUAUCCCAUUGCCGGAAGAGCUUGAGCUUCUAGAAGCCAAUUCUCAUAUCUAUGAAGAAGAAGAAGACGACGACUACCUAAACUUCGAGGAGCCGCCAUAUCCUUACCCAAUUGACGGCGAUGAAGAAAAAGAAGAAGAACGCGUCGCGCAGAAGGAGCCUCAUGUCCAACAAUUGGAAUCAUCUGAUAUCAACGGUUGCAAACGACCCAGAAGUCUAAUCUCGGAUCCGAUUGUGAAUGUCGACGAAGUCUCUCCAGCUUCUGAUAAGAGAAGCAAAAUUGAUGAUAACCGGGUAGAAAUUGAAGAUGAGGAUUGGUUACGCUUCUCGCCGGUUAAGGAAGUAGUUCACGUUAUGGAGGAGGAAGAAGAAGUUGUCAUUCCCCAGGAGACUAUUUUGUCCAGAUACGCUUCUGAGAUAGAUGGGGAAUGCGUUCCGAUAACGGCACCGGACGGAGGAGAGAGGGUUUAUGCGAAAUUCUGCCGGGCUUUGGGAGAUGAAGAGGUGAAGAAAUUGGAUGUGAAAGACAAGUCUCAUGGUCUUAUUAAAGAUCCAAUCAGUGUUCUUUUGCAGCAAUCAGAGAAAGAGGCAUUUAACAAGGUCUUGCAAGCUAGUUCUGAAGAUCAGAAUGAAACCAAUUCUGCAGAAGCAUCUGUAAUGCAUGAGAAACUCUGGGUAGACAAAUAUUCUCCGAGCUCAUUUACUGAGCUUCUUAGUGAUGAGCAGACCAAUCGAGAGGUCCUGUUAUGGCUUAAGCAGUGGGAUGCUUCUGUUUUUGGAUCUGAAAUUAGGAGCACGACAGAGGAAGUAUUGUCAGCUUUGAAACGACAUUCUACCUCAAGUCAUCAUCAAAAAUCGGAUUCAGCUUUUACUAGGAAAAAGCAGUUCAAUAGAUGGAGUAAGGAGAGUUUUGGAUAUCCUAAAAAUGCAGACAUCCUUCUGCUUUGUGGUGCCCCUGGACUUGGAAAGACAACGCUUGCUCACAUUGCAGCUAAGCAUUGUGGAUAUCGUGUUGUUGAGAUCAAUGCUAGCGACGAGCGAUCAGCAUCAGCCAUUGAAACUAGAAUUCUUGACGUAGUUCAGAUGAACUCGGUUACAGCUGAUUCUAGACCUAAAUGUUUGGUGAUUGAUGAGAUAGAUGGAGCUCUUGGUGAUGGAAAAGGAGCAGUUGAUGUUAUUCUAAAGAUGGUGUUGGCAGAAAGAAAGCAUGCUACUGGCAAGGAAAAUAUAGAGAAUGUAAAGACUUCCUCGAAGAAGGAGCGCCGAACAGCACCACUAUCAAGACCUGUGAUUUGUAUAUGUAAUGAUCUAUAUGCACCAGCACUUAGACCUCUGCGACAGAUAGCAAAGCUCAAGUAUAUCUGUAAUAUGGAGGGGAUGAAAGCAAGAUCAUUCGCUCUUAGUGCUCUUGCGGAGUACACUGAAUGUGACAUUCGCUCUUGCUUGAACACACUGCAAUUUCUCUACAAGAAGAAAGAAACCAUCAAUGUGAUUGACAUUGGAUCUCAAGUUGUUGGGCGGAAAGACAUGUCAAAGAGUCUGUUUGAUAUCUGGAAAGAGAUAUUCACCACGAGAAAAAUGAAACGAGAACGAUCUAAUGACGCUUCUGGUAGUGGGGCCAAAACCUUUGACUUCUUACACACUCUCGUAUCCAGUCGGGGUGAUUAUGAUUUGAUUUUUGAUGGUAUACAUGAAAACAUUUUGCAGCUCCACUACCAUGAUCCAGUGAUGGACAAGACAAUUAGCUGCUUGGACUGUCUUGGAACUUCUGAUUUGCUGCAUCGAUACAUAAUGCGCACCCAGCAAAUGCCUCUCUAUGUUUACUUUCCUAGCCUGGUGAUACCUAUACACCGUCGUGUGGCCCAGAUUCAAAAACCAAUUAUUGAGUGGCCUAAGUCAUACCACAGAUGUCGAACACUUUUGGUAGAAAAGCAGGAGUCUCUGCGGUCUUGGCACCACAAGAUACCUCCCUAUAUUGGGAGGCAUUUGUCAAUCAAGUCUUUCGUAGAAGACUCUAUUUCCCCGCUAUUGCAUAUUCUUUCUCCCCCAACUCUUAGACCGGUGGCAUCGCAUUUGCUAUCAGAUAGGCAAAAGGAUCAACUGGCGGGUUUGGUCAUGCUUAUGUGUUCUUAUUCUUUGACUUAUAAGAAUGUGAAAUCUGAUCCUGUUCUGAGUAACCUCAGGGAUGAUGCUGCUUCAGAUGCUUUAGUUCUUGCUUUAGAUCCACAUCUAUUUGAUUUCAUUAAUUUCAAGGGUCACCAAUUUAAACAUCACGUACUCGCCUUAGCGAUGAAACAAGUGUUGGUACAUGAAGUUGAGAAGCAAAAGAUACUGCAAGCAAGUGGAGGAAGGUCCGGGAUCCUGAACAAACCCGAAAUCAAGAAAAUAAAUCAAGACCUAGCAAGGAAAACCAAUGCUGCAGCAAAUGAAAGUCAAAGAAAUCCAAUCACCUCUAAACCUCCGUCAGUCUCAGUUGGGAUUGCCACAACUUCAAAACCUAAUUCUAGUGAUGUGAAAAAGGCAUCUCGCACCGCCCUUAAUUUCUUCGACAGGUUUAGGAAGUCAAGGAAAGAUUAUGAAGAUCCAGAGGAUGUACAAAAGCGAGCAACUGCAAAAAGAGAUUCAAGACCUCUUCUCUUCAAGUUUAACGAGGGUUUCACAAAUGCUGUGAAGAGACCAGUUAGAAUGCGGGAGUUUCUAUUAUGAUUCUGCAAUGAAGUCAGAGUUAGAUUGGUGCAUAGUUUCAUACUAAGCUUUGAUCGGAUUUACGACAAUGUUUGCAUAUGCUAAGAAAAGCUAAGGAAGAAAUGAAAUGAAAUUGUGUAAAUAUGCUUGAUGUGGAACAUCCCACUGCGUUUUUUUGUUCUUUUGAAAUCUUAUUUACUUAAUACAAAAGAACAUGAAAUUUCAUGUAAACCAAAUGACAAUAAACCCCAUCCUGUUAA